CUAGCUUUGUUUUCUGGCAAUGCCAUCUCUAGGAAAGCUAUCCCGGUUGUAUUCAAAACAAAUCGAAAUUAAAUUGUUUACCAUGUGCGACCCGGCAAGCGCAACUCCCGCCGACCAGCGUAAUGUGGAGGUGAAGGCAAGGAUACCUGGUGGCCAGGAGGGAUUCGCCGGCCGGCUAGACAUUGCCCGGAAGCUGACCGGCGUACCGGAAGCGGAACUAAUCGUCCAGCGGGACGUCUUCUUCCAAUCGCCACUGGGCGGUCGCCUCAAGCUGCGCUACCUCCAGCCGCCGGCUCGCUCCCAGCUGGUCUACUACGACCGCCCCGAUGUGGCCGGGCCGAAGCUCUCCACCUUCAACAAGAUCGAGGUGGACGAGCCCGAGAUCCUCGAGAAGAUCCUCCGCCAGUCGAAUGGUGCUCUAGGAGUCCUGGCCAAGACACGGCAUCUGUUCCUGCACGGCCAGACGCGGAUACAUCUCGACGAGGUGAAAGAUCUGGGUCAUUUCAUGGAGUUCGAGGUGUGCCUGAAGCCGGACCAGACACUGGAGCAGGGCCAGGUGAUUGCCGAGGAGUUGUCCAAGGCGUUUGGCAUCAAGGAGGAGGAUCUAAUGACAGGCUCCUAUUUCGAUGCUCUUGCUAAGUAGGAUAGUCUACCAUAUUUGUCUUUGUAAUGAGGAAAAAAUAAAUUGUGAUGGACCUGUCCCCUUAAA